GUGGUAUGUGCGGAACGUACCUGCAUAUGGCGGACGCUCAGUUUGUGUUUAUGUCAAUAAGAAACUGAUUUUAUUAUUUGCGCGGGUGUGGAUUUAAUAAUUUAUAAAUGGUGUUGUGUAAGUGGAACCUGUGAAUUGUGUGUGUUGUAUGUGAUAAUGGUUUUCCUCGCUGGACUGUUGGACGUUUUCAUUUCAGCAGCGUACUUAUAAGGACUAUAGUUCCCGUUACAAACAGAAUGGGAACCGAAACCAUAUACACUUUGGAACCCGAGCUAGACAUGGGCUCCGACAACACACCUAUCUUGGAACCCUGUCCCAGCAAGGGCUCCAACACCACACCCGCGCGGCGCGGCUGCGGUAAGAUGCGAGAGCGGCGCUCCCCGCUCCACCGCAUCGCUCUACUGUGCUGCCUGAUCUUCCUGUGCCGAGUGGACGCCUCCGACGAAACAGAAGAACUCGAAGAAACCGAACCUCCGGAAGUGUACCUACAGAAUCUACCGAAUCUACCGAAUCUCCCGAAUCCACCGAACCUACCGAAUCUACCGAGCCUGCCGACCCAGCUGCCUACAGAAGAGAGGCCUAUAAUAAUACCCCCUCUGCCGCCCGUCAACGACUCUGGCAACAUUUAUAUCCGAUAUUUGACCCAUCCGCCCGAGAUCACAAUCCGGCCCCGCAACCUGCAAGUGCGCGCGAACGGCAUCGCCGCGUUCUACUGCGCGGCGCGGGGGGACCCCGUGCCGAACAUCCAGUGGAGGAAGAACGGAAAACGAGUUUCAAGCAUGCAGUCUCGGUACCAAGUGUCAGCCAUGGAGCAAGUGACGGAGGUGGGCGCGAAUGGCGCUGUACUCCGCAUAGAGCCGGUGCGCGCGCAGCGAGAUGACGCCACAUACGAGUGCGUCGCGGAGAAUGGCGUCGGUGACGCCGUGACCGCUGUCGCUACGCUUACGGUGUUUGAAGCCGACAAAGUGCCCCCCGGCUUCCCCUCCAUCGCGCCGCCGUCGUCCACCAUGGUGGUGGAGGUGGGCCACACCGCGACUCUGCCCUGCCAGGCCACCGGCACGCCCACGCCGAAAGUGCGCUGGCUGUGGAACUCGCUGCCGCUCGACAUCGCCUCCAAUCCGAGAUACGCGCUGCUGAACGACAAGAUGCUCGGUACCCUGCAAAUCGUGAAGAGCGAGGAAGAGGACCAGGGCAAGUUCGAGUGCGUCGCGGAAAAUUCUAUCGGAACUGAAUUUUCGAAACCCACUUCGCUGUACGUCAAAGUAAGAAGAGUAGCGCCACAGUUUUCAAUCCCGCCGCCGCCGCGCACCGAAGUUAUGCUCGGGGGCAAUGUCACGCUCAAGUGCGUGGCCUUCGGCUCUCCCAUGCCCACCGUCAAAUGGAGGAAAGGUCUAACGAAAUGGCUAACACCCGAAGACAACCCGCCACUCGGCCUCAACAACCUGAAGCUGGAGAACAUUAGGGAGUCCGCUAACUACACGUGCGAGGCCGCCAGCGUCCUCGGAGUCAUCGAGAAGACUGCUGAAGUCAAAGUGCAAUCGCUCCCGGGUCCACCCACCGACGUGCGCGCCUCGGAAAUCACCGCCACCAACGUGCGUCUCGCCUGGUCUUACAGCGGCCCGGAAGAACCGCAGUACUACGUCAUCCAGUACAAACCCAAAUAUGCUAACCAGGCAUUCAGCGAGAUCUCCGGCGUCAUAACCCAGUACUACUCCGUGACUAACCUGUCCCCAUACACCGAGUACGAGAUGUUCGUGAUCGCCGUCAACAACAUCGGACGAGGGCCGCCGUCAGCGCCGGCAACCAUCACUACGGGGGAAACCGUGGAUUCCUUGUAUGGAGGUGCCAAACCGGGUUCAGCGCCGAGGAAUGUUCAAGUGCGGCCGCUGAGCUCAAGCACCAUGGUCAUUCAGUGGGACGAGCCUGAGACGCCGAACGGGCAAGUCACUGGCUACAAAAUCUACUACACCACAGAUCCUUCACAGACGCUACAGUCCUGGCAUUCGCAAAUGAUGGACAACAGUCACCUGACUACGAUAAGCGAGCUGACUCCGCACACAGUUUACACAAUCAGAGUCCAAGCGUUCACCUCGGUCGGCCCUGGGCCCAUCUCCGCGCCCGUCCAGGUCAAAACUCAGCAAGGAGUACCAUCACAACCGUCGAACCUAGUGGCGGUGGAGGCCGGCGAGACGUCCGUCACGUUGUCGUGGCGUCGUCCGGCGCACGCCGGUGACAAUAUCGUGUCGUACGAGCUGUAUUGGAACGACACGUACGCCAAGCAGCACCACAGGAAACGCAUACCCAUCACGGAAACCUACACCCUGAACGGCCUGUACCCGAACACACUGUACUACAUCUGGCUCGCGGCGCGCUCGCAGCGCGGGGAAGGCGCCACCACGCCGCCCAUCGCCGUCAGGACGAAGCAAUAUGUUCCCGGAGCGCCGCCGAUGAAUGUGACCGCCGUGGCCGUAUCGCCGACGGCGAUUCGCGUGUCGUGGCAGCCGCCGCCGGCGGAGCGCGCGAACGGUCGAAUCGCGUAUUACAAGCUGCUUUGCGUGGAGAGCGGGAGGGGGGAUUCGGAGGCGACGGUCGUGAAGCUUAACCAGACGUCUUUCGAGCUGGACGAGCUGCGCCGCUGGACCGAGUACCGGAUCUGGGUGCUGGCCGGGACCAGCGUGGGGGACGGACCCGCCUCCUAUCCCGUGACUGUGCGCACGCAUGAAGACGUGCCGGGGGAGCCUCAGGACGUGAAGGUGACGGCCAUCAACUCCACGUCGCUCCACGUCACCUGGAAGCCGCCCACUGAGAAGGAGAAGAAUGGCAUUAUAAGAGGCUACCAUGUGCAUGUGCAAGAAGUUCGGGAAGAGGGAAAGGGCCUUCUCAACGACCCGAUGCGUUUCAACGUAAUGGACGACACGACGCUAGAACUGAACAUAUCAGGGCUGCAGCCCGACUCGCGGUACAACGUGCAGGUGGCCGCGCUCACGCGUAAGGGGGACGGGGACCGGAGCGCGCCCGUGUCGGUCAAGACGCCCGGCGGGGUGCCAAACAGGCCCCAGGUUAACCUCAAGGUAUUGGAGCGAGAGCCAAUUGUGUCAAUUGAACUAGAGUGGACUAAACCCACGCACACCUAUGGAGACUUAUUAGGUUAUCGGCUAAGAUACGGUAUCAAGGAUCAAAACUUGGAAGAAGAGAAUUUUUCGACCAAAGUCACGUCGCACAAAAUCAUGGACUUAGAAAGAGGCGUACAAUAUGAAUUUAGGAUAGCUGGUCGUAAUCAUAUUGGUAUAGGCCAGGAAACUAUCAAAUAUUGGCUCACGCCUGAAGGUGCGCCUAAGGGACCUCCGGCAAACGUUACAUAUCAUUUCCAAACUCCUGAUGUCAUUAGUGUCACUUGGGACCCACCCACUCGAGCCGAUCGAAGCGGUCAGAUAAAGAAGUAUGACGUCGAGUUCUUGAAGAAAGGCGAUCAGACAUCUCUUAUAGAAAGGACUACGACAGCUAAUAAAACUGUUUUCACUGGAUUAGAAGAGGACGCUCAUUACACUUUCAAGGUUCGCGCUUAUACAGAUCAAGGGCCCGGGCCAUACAGCAAGGAGAUCACAGCGCAUACUGAACGGGACAUCGGCAGAGCACCCAUGUCGGUCAAAGCUGUCGCCACAUCUGAGUCAGACGUUGAGGUAUGGUGGGAACCCGUGCCUUCGAGGAGAAAAAUAGUAGGAUACGUUAUAUUCUACACUAUGACACCAGUAGACGACUUAGACGAAUGGCAGCAAAAGACAGUUCAUGUAACGCAUUCCGCCGAUUUGGAAAAUUUAGAAAAAUUCGCAGAAUACGCCAUCGGUGUGGCUGUGAAAACGGCUGACGGUCUUGGAAGGUUAUCAGAAAAGGUUACAGUUAAAGUGAAACCGGAAGAAGUGCCUUUAUACUUGAGAGCCCAAGACGUGUCCACGCAUUCUAUGACGCUAUCCUGGGCUCCGCCGUUACGCUUAAAUCCUGUUAGCUAUAAGAUUUCAUACAACGCGAUCAAAGAAUUCGUUGACUCAUUAGGGAUGACCCAAACUCAAGAAAUACCUCGAAGAGAAAUCAUCAUCAAACACGAUAGAACGUCGCAUUCUAUUAACGAUUUAUCUCCUUUCACGACUUAUAGUGUUAAUGUUAGUGCCAUACCCAACGACGACUCUUAUAGACCGCCAACGAAAAUCACUGUCACUACCCAAAUGGCAGCACCAAAGCCUAUGGUGAAACCUGAUUUCUACGGCGUUGUUGAAAAUGAAAUACUAGUUAUUCUACCUCAAGCUUCCGAAGAAUACGGCCCCAUUUCGCAUUAUUAUCUAGUUGUAGUGCCCGAUGAUAAGGCCCAUAAUCAUAAGAAUCCAGAUCAGUUCCUAACAGACGAGUUAAUAAAGAAUAAUGCUCGUACUGACGACGAAAAUGCUCCUUAUAUAGCUGCCAAAUUCUUGCAAAGAAAUAUUUUAUACACUUUCCACCUCGGAAAUGAUGAAAACUACGAAGGUUUCUUGAACAGAAAAUUAAACCCAACGAAGAAAUAUCGCGUGUUCGUGAGGGCUGUUGUUGACACGCCUCAGAAACACUUGUACACUUCGAGUCCGUUCUCAGAGUACUUAUCUCUCGAUAUGCGUGAAGCUCCGCCCGGUGAAGAACCAAGCAGGCCUGGCCCUGAUAAAGAUAUUAAUGGAGAUCCAGAAAUUAGAAUAGAAGAGAACAGAAAAGAGGCGGGCAUGUUUUGGAUAAUCGGUCCUAUCAUUGCGGCGUUGAGUCUUUCUCUCUGCUUAGUAAUGUUAUUCUUUGUGAAGAAGCGAAGACAACCAUGCAAAACACCAGACCAGGCUGCGGUCACACGGCCACUUAUGGCUGCAGAUGUUGGCUUCGGAGCACCGUCCGACCCCGUUGAAAUGCGAAGACUUAAUUUCCAAACCCCUGCUAUGAUUUCUCAUCCGCCCAUACCCAUCUCAGAACUGGCUGAACACAUCGAAAGACUAAAAUCAAAUGAUAAUCUCAAAUUCUCACAAGAAUAUGAAAGCAUCGAACCAGGUCAACAGUUCACAUGGGACCACUCCAACAUGGAUGUGAACAAGCCUAAGAAUCGAUAUGCAAAUGUCAUCGCAUACGAUCACAGCCGAGUCAUCCUACAGCCGAUAGACGGAAUACUUGGAAGUGACUAUAUCAAUGCUAACUACUGCGAUGGCUACCGCAAGCAUAAUGCCUACGUUGCUACUCAAGGACCUCUGCAAGAAACGUUCGCAGAUUUCUGGCGCAUGUGUUGGGAACUGCGAACGUCCACGAUAGUAAUGAUGACCAAACUUGAGGAGCGCACGAGGAUCAAAUGCGAUCAGUACUGGCCGAGCCGCGGCAGCGAAACGUAUGGCAUGAUGACCGUAACCAUCGCGGAAGUUCAGGAACUCGCCACUUAUUGUAUUCGAACUUUCCAAGUCACGAGAAAUGGAGGUGCUGAGCGCAGGGAGAUCAAACAGCUGCAGUUCACAGCUUGGCCUGACCACGGUGUGCCGGAUCAUCCAGCUCCCUUCUUACAGUUUUUGCGACGCGUACGAGCUCUCAACCUACCCGAUGCCGGCCCGUUAGUUGUUCACUGUUCUGCUGGCGUCGGCAGAACUGGCUGCUUCAUCGUCAUCGACUCCAUGCUAGAAAGGGCACGACACGAGCGCACCGUAGACAUCUAUGGUCACGUCACUUGCCUGCGAGCUCAGCGUAACUACAUGGUCCAAACCGAAGACCAGUACAUCUUCAUCCACGACGCUUUAGUCGAGGCUGUCGUCUGUGGUGACACCGAAGUGCCGGCUCGCAAUUUACACGGGCAUAUCCAGAAACUUAUGCGUAUCGAUACUAUUGAGAAUAUCACUGGAAUGGAAUUGGAAUUUAAGAAACUCGCUAACAUGAAAGCGGACUCAACUCGCUUCGUCUCUGCCAGCUUGCCUUGUAAUAAGCACAAAAACAGACUGGUUCAUAUCUUGCCAUUUGAGUCUACUAGGGUCUGUCUGACGCCAAGGGAUGGAUCUGAUUAUAUCAACGCUUCAUUCGUCGAUGGCUAUAGGUACAGAGCGGCUUACAUCGCCACACAGGGUCCUCUGCCUGAUACCACGGACGAUUUCUGGCGGAUGCUUUGGGAACAUAAUUCUACCAUCGUCGUGAUGUUAACGAAACUAAAGGAAAUGGGCAGGGAAAAAUGCCAUCAGUACUGGCCGUCGGACCGCUCUGUGCGCUACCAAUGCUUCGUAGUGGAUCCUAUUGCUGAAUACAACAUGCCUCAGUACAUCUUGAGGGAAUUCAAGGUUACGGAUGCCCGCGACGGAGCGUCCAGGACGGUCCGCCAGUUCCAGUUCACAGACUGGCCCGAGCAGGGGGUCCCGAAGAGCGGGGAGGGCUUCAUCGACUUCCUCGGACAAGUGCACAAGACCAAGGAGCAGUUUGGACAGGAUGGACCUAUUACUGUGCAUUGCAGCGCGGGCGUCGGUCGCACCGGCGUGUUCAUCACCUUGUCGACGGUGCUGGAGCGUAUGCAGUACGAGGGUGUGGUUGACGUGUUCCAGACUGUUCGCACGCUGCGCACCCAGCGCCCCGCCAUGGUGCAGACUGAGGACCAGUACGAGUUCUGCUACCGCGCCGCACUCGAAUAUCUCGGCUCGUUCGACCACUACGCCAACUGACGCUCGCCCAACGUUCUCGUCUAGUCGAACGCACGCUUAGCACUACGUAUGUACUUAACUUAACGCAUUUACUCUCAAAAUACCGGUUGGACGGGUGAGCGAGUCGGAACCGUCAGUAGUUUUAAUGUGACCAACAACUUUGUUAACUGACAGUUUCAGUAGACAAUUUCCCAGUAAAAAAUUAAGUUCAUUUAUUAUUCAAACUAUUCUGACUUUGUCCCGACUUUGUACAUUUCGUUUAUAUUUUUGACGUCUCUCCGGUCAUUAGACGUCAUUCAAGUUUCCAAAUCAUCCACGAUCGAGAAUUAACUUUGGGAACGUGAAUUAAUUUAUACUUUUCGUAACUUUUAUUGACAUGUUUUGUCAAAGUUGAGUAACAUGUUCGCAAAAGUUAGUAAUUUCUGGCUCGCACACCCUGUCAAUUGUAUCGUAGUGAUGUUCGACUUACCAUAAUAUUGUUAAUUCAAUGUUGUAGCAUACCAUUAUGUGAGGUAAAGAUGUAUGAGUGCCUAGGAACGCUACUUAUGACGUAUAUAUAAUGAAUGUGACCACUAAAAAACAUGAUUGUGAGUCGGAAGGGUAAUAACUAUUAAUACUUAAUCCCGUAUCUCCUUAUGAUAUUAUACGAUGCUGUUCAUGCUAUUUUUGUCUUCGAAUAGGAACAGUUCAUGUUAAAUUCCAUAUAAAACGGUUGAAGUAUAGAUGCAUUUAAAAUAUUACAGAUCAAAGGACGGUAUUUAAAAGUCAGUGUAAUAUUAUGCCAAAAGUAUAAUUUGCUAUCGGAUAAAGUAAUUAGUAAAUGAAAACAGUGCGCUUAGAGACUACGAUCUUUGCAGGAACGCUUUUUACACUUUUUAAGGAAGCCUGGGAUUAAAUGGGAACUUCAUUAAAAUUAGUCGUACAACGCGAUACCAUUUACAUUCAUUUCAUCGUACAGAGCAUUCCUGCAACAGACGGGUAGAUGACUUUACGCGUAAUAAUAAUCUCUGGUCGUCACAUAUACUACAUAAUAUUGUAAAAUGUAUAAAUAGUUAUUGCAGCUGUAAUUUAGAAGUUUAUUUUUCAUAUCGUGUGUUAAAUAUGUUAAGUAGUGUAAAGACGGUAACACGUUUCAUUAUUGCAAUACACGUUAAUCAUUAGACGAAUCGGCUGUGUCGUGUGAAAUGAAAUUAUGUGUCGGUCCCGUGUGUAGUACAUAAUUUUGUGUACAUAGUUGUAUGUGAUGUAAUUUUUUAUUUUAUUUUUUGUACACCCAAUUUUAUGGCAGCCAGUAAUAUUUGUAUUUAAUUUAAUUAAGGGUCCGCAAUAGGGAAACUUGGAUGUGUCAAUUUAAUAUUGAAAUGGAAGUUUGGACUUUAUUGUAUAUGAGUUAAAGUACGAUUUAGUGUACUUAUUAUUGAAAGAGUUCAACUAUAAUCGUUAAAAUUAUAGCAAUGAAAGUUACUCAUUGCGACCCCUUAAUUUUAAUGCAAGCUAGUUAGCUUACAUAGUUAUGCAGCUAAGUUUUUUCUUUUGCUCAGACUUUUACACUUGUUUUUCAGACGUAUGUAUACAUUUCUUUUAAUACUUAAAUUACUUAUGUAGUUUUUAUCACUGCUUGCUUCUAGAUGAACGUGAUUCGAUGACAUAUCUAUAUUUAGGUAGAAAAAAAUGUUUUGUCGGUGUGGUAAUGUUUUAAUGAAUAUGAGGGUAGUUUAAAAAUAAUUUGCAUAAUUUUGGGCGUGAUGCGAAACUACAGUGCGGUUGAAAUAUUGAAAUUAAGUAAGAUAAAUGUAAUGAACGUGUGACUCGGUUUAAUCAAAAGUUAAACCGCGAAUUUAUAAAUAUUUUCUUUGUUUAAGUAAUUACUUUAAAAAUAAUACCUACAUUAAAUGAACUUUCCAGUGACUAAGGACUUAACUGAAGGUUCCAAUGCCUCUGUAACCCUACUUUAAGCUAUCUCUAAGUGUAGUACGUUGUUUAAUCUUUUACAGUAAUCCCUUGCCUAGUAUCGAGUAAGAUUUUUAGGUUUUUCACUAAUUUUAUACAAUGUACCUACUUACUUAUACCUAUCGAUGUACGUAUAAGUUAGUGUUAAAGUUGAGCUUCUAACUUAGGAAAUACGACGCGUCUAAGAAUCGAACUUAAUGGAGAAGCGAAUUCCAGUGAUUCCCGUAAAGAACCUUGUAUGUCAGCCGUGUAACUACUCGACAAGUCUACUAGACAACUGCUAAAGUUAUUGAGGAUAUAUACAAAGGACGCAUUUUCAGUUGUUUAGUUAUCUUGGACGAGUAACGCGGUCGUUCACGUAACUGCCAAUCGUUUGUCUUAGCUAUAAAUCAAACAAUAAAAUACGAAACGUACGUAGAUAAUGAGAUAAUUGUUAAAUUGAGGUUAUAGCGAAAUUUUAAUACUCGUUAAUGAAUUGAGGACCGAGGCAUUGCUUUAUAAAAUCUAUAAUGCCACCUGAAUAAGGAGGCUUUAAUAUUUCAUUUUACGUUUUAUCAUAUUAUUGGCAAAGUAUUUAACGUCCAUUCCAGUUUUUAUUUAAUUUGCUUUUACUGUUAUAAUACACUGAAUGAAAUGGCGUAUAUGUGAAAUUGUAUUAACGUCCAUUCCAAUUUGAUGGUUAUUUGUUUUAUUCGGUUUUUAUUUUUAUAUUAUCUUUUACGUUUAUUAGUAUUUAGGUAGCAUUUGUUUUAUGACGUCCAUUCCGUGUUUUAAUUACUGGAGCCCGCCACGAUCCAUCUUGCAGUCCGUCCGAAAAGGCAGUUAUUACAUUCGAGCAUAACGAGUGUUUCUUACUUCCACAUCUUCGUCUUUUUCGGGUGAACGGCAAAAUAGAUAUUAGAUAUUUGGAAAAAAGGCAGCUUUUUCUUACUCCUUGCCGUAUAACAGUUUACUGGAAGGUUUCCAACGCACAUUAACGAUCUCUUGUACAAUGUCCGUAAGCUUAGGUAACCAAAUAUUGUUAGUAAUCAUUUCCUUAGCCUAUUAUGUUACUAUGUAAUGUGAUUGUUGCUUCGAGCCAUCAAUACGGUGCUGGAAUUGUUUUGUAUAGAUCAUCCAAUUCAUAAACUAAUAUUUACUUCAUUUUGUACGUUUCAUCAUUUCGUUUGUGUAUAUCGUAAAAGACUGAUAUAUUUUCAAUGUGUUCUUCUUAGAAAUUAUUUGACUGUGUACGUUUUAUUUCCGAAUCUAUCAAUUGUAAUUUUAGAUUUAACAUUUAUGUAUAAUGCCCAAGGUUGCUUAAAUUAAAAAUAAUUUGUACAAACUCGAAUUUGUUUAUGAAAGUUCCACUGUGAAUAUCUAUAGAUUUCUCUGUAGACUUUUUCUAUACUAAUUCCGUAUCUAUUUAAACGCAUCGCAGCUACUUUUCGUGCUUGGAAAAGGCACAGUGUCUAUCGCCUUUGCUUUAAAAAGUAAUUAUUUUAGUGCAAUUAAAAUGGCGCCCGCAAUAUUGCAAAUGGCGGCUAAUGUAAAUGUAGCAGUAAGUUUGUAGGCGAUGUUUAUUUUGUAAAAAUUCCCGCGCUGCGUCUCGGGGCACAGUGGAUUCGCAAAAUUAUACAUAUGUAUAUGAACAAAUAAAUUAUGUGAGACCAUAA